AUGAAAGUUGAUAAAGCUGUGUGCACGAAUGGCACCCUCGGUGAUCUGGGGCGGGCGAUUCAGUUUGAGGCCGUGUUCUCGACGUUGGUCGAGAAUAAGAUGCUGGCGAUCAAGCGUGAGUGUGAGUUCAAGAAGCGGCACAAAAAAUCACGGCUCUUGCGCAAAGCUGUUUUCAACCGCAAGGUAACCACUGCCUGCUGCCAUCAAUCGGUAACUACAUCUGCAAGCGGCAGCAUCACUGCCGGAGAUCCCGAAGGCGCCAGUGAGGCAGACUAUGCCGAUCACAAUGGGACACUGGCUGAGCGUGCCGUCGGAUCGGCUGGAACUAAUCGGCACCACGACGAUUCUGGUGAGUGGUGUACCUACGAGAGUGAAGAUCGGAAAGCGAAUGGGGCCAUCGAUAAUUCCCUAAUCAGCGAUGACGCCGACGAGGUGAUCGUUGAAAUCGGCGACCUGUCGUCGUUGGUGGACUCCGAUGGCAAUGUGGUUGUGACGACGAAUGCGGUUGACUCAGCCCGUAGGUUCCGGGCGGACAUUUCCAGAGACGAAUGUUACUCACCUAGCUUGGUACGUGAUAAUCCGGUGAACCUGACGCCAACGAGCUCUGAUAGCGGUCAACCGUCAAACGCAGAUGUCGGCCGGACGAGAGAGUCAACUGUGAUCAAAGCAGGCGUGCUUCCGCAACGGAGCGAUCAAAAGACUACAACGAGAAACCCGUCGGUGUUUGAGCCUAUUUCGAUCGAAAUAGAACACGAAUCGUUUGAUCUCAACGAUAGCGCAACGAACGUGGCGAUAGAGCUGGACGGGGUCAGCAGUGUGUCGGGAAAACGGGGAAGCACUGCCUCCGAGCCGAUAUCGAUCAUCAAAAACUCGGUGGUCCAGCAACACGCCGCUGCCGCUUCUGCCGCUGGUUAUCGAUUCGGCACGGGUUCGUACCUGUCACCCGGAAGUGCGGUCAAUCGGCUGCGUUUGCUGGAAGCUAAGUCGAUAAGCGCUCAAAACAGUCCGAUACUACGCCGACAGCGGACGACAGGUGCGGAGGGCCGGCACCUGACAUUCAGCCCCGCAACCUAUCGUCAGCAUUCGUCGACGAAAACGAGUGCCAUAGAGUGUGAUAGCUCCGUAAUGGAUCUCAGCAAGGCGGAAGCGAACCAUUUGCAGCACCUGCAGCAGCACCAACAGCACUACAACUCCACUGUGAUAGUGAAGGAUCAGAAGCUAGUACCGACGGCUGGUGACGGCCGGCGUACCGCGCGUGGUGGCACCACCAAAUCCACACAUGCCAUUGCGGACGAUGACAAUACCGCGCUCGGAGAACCCUUGGCAGAGUCUCCAUCUACUCUAGGAUUCAUUGAAAGCUUUAAUCAACUGACGGCAUCCAACUUAGCUGUGAUAGCAACGCAUACCGCACGUCAAUCACCGCCGGUUAGUGAUACGGUUAAGCUGCAACAUUGCCGACGACCGCCUAGGGGCACCACCACCACGUACUGUUCCGUGGGCGAGCUGAACAAACCUUACGUCCAAGACCCCUCCCCUUCCGCGUCACACAAGCACCCGCCGCCUGUGUACUCCUCGGUGGUGGACGAAACCUUAAGCACCUCGAUGGUCAAAACCGCGGAACUGGCUAAGUCCAUCACCAACUUGACUCGCGCAUCGGGCAGCCAACAGCACCGCAAGGAGGGCAAUUUCCUUCGACAAUCAAGCUGUAACGUUGAGCUACACCACGGACCUACUACCUCCGGUACCGUCACCGGUGUACCUUCCCAAGUCGCGGCGGGUAACAGUUGCUACGCGCAGUGCAGCCGCAGAUCAAACGCGAAAGAACAUCACCAUCGCAAGGGCAAUGGAGCCGGCAGUUACGGUUACGGCGAUUCCUCGUACAUUAUGGGCUACGAUGUGAACGAAAGCGACGAAGACAAGCUAAACAAACGGAAAUACAAAUAUUUGAAACGAUGCUCUGAUCCCGUCAUUGUGUUCCCAACGACCAGUGGCAGCGGUGGUAGUGGCGGCGGCAGCGGCGGCGGCGGCGGUGGCAGUGGAUUGCAGCACUGCAUCCUUAGUCGUCCACCAAAUCAGCUUAUCCAGUUUCCUUACGACGAAGAUUUGAUGUAUGAUAUUUCGAUGCAAAUGGAGUCAGACUGUCACGGUGAACUCGAUUCGAUAGUGUCUGAGAAAAAGAAGAAACACAAGCACAGACAUCAUCAUCACCACCAUCGACACUGUAAGAAAACACGACAUAAAAAGCGAAAAAUCCUAGUACACGAUUUGGACGACCAAAGCGUGAAGGUGAUAGACCCCGACGAUCUGCCACAACGUGCCCGCUGGACGAUCAUAGCGACUGCUUGCUUACUGCUAAUUAUGUGCCUACUACUUGUUGGAAUCACUCUGCGGAUGGCUCCUAUUAUUGAUGAUAUGGUACGCCAAGAGAACGAACGACUUAUGCGCGAGUCCCUCGACAGGGCGAAGAUGAUCAAAAACUACACCGAGUACAACAGGAUGAUUGGUGGCGACGAAACUCCUUAACGAUUUAUGAUCCACACGAUGCCGCAC